UAAGGACAGAUCUCUAGCACAUUUUUGAAAACUUGAAAAAAAUCAUCAUUUUGCUAUUUGCCUAAAAAUUUUAGCAAAUUUUAUUAGCAAGGAAACUUUUGUGUGGAAAAGACCACUUUGUCGAAUCCUCACAGUUUACACCUUAUACUCAUUGUUUUACUCAAAAAAAAAAGUAAAGUAUACCUACAUCAAAAAUGGUUAAAGCGGUGUGUGUUGUUGCUGGGGAUGCAAAUGGUCAUGUUUUCUUCGAACAAAAUGGUGAUAAAGUUCAUGUAACUGGCGAAUUAAAAGGACUUAAACCAGGUCAACACGGUUUUCAUGUACACGAAUUUGGUGACAAUACAAAUGGUUGUACAUCAGCCGGAGCACAUUUUAAUCCACAUGGUAAAACUCAUGGUGCACCAACAGCUGAAGAAAGGCACGUUGGAGAUUUAGGCAAUGUAACUGCAGGCGAUGAUGGUAUUGCAAAAAUCGAUAUAUCUGAUAAAUUAAUUUCAUUGAGCGGUGAACAUAGUAUUAUUGGAAGAACAUUAGUUGUUCACGCUGAUGUAGAUGAUUUGGGAGUUGGGGGCCACGAAUUGAGCAAAACAACUGGUAAUGCUGGUGCCCGUCUUGGGUGUGGUGUCAUUGGUCUAACCAAAUAAAAUUUUGAAAAGAGAUUUCAAUUUAAAGAAUAUAAGCCAAGAAAUGACACAAAUAUAUUGUUAUCAAUUUUUAAAAAAUUAGAGGUGUUCUUGGAAAAAAAUAGAAAAGAUAGUCUGCUAAUUCUUUAUAGAAGUAACAUUCAUCACUAUUGUUCUAAACAAGUUUAUAUUUUUUUAAUUUUUGUUGUAUAUUUCAUUUUAUUAAAGUUACAUUUGGUAACAAGAUGUAAAACAUUUCACCUUUAUCCUUAGAAUAUUUUUUUAAAUUUUAUUAAAUUGGUGUAAAGCAAAGACUAAAUUUAAUAUAAGCUGGGGCUUACCAAUUAAA